UCAGAACCUCGCUCUCAAGAGGUGUGGUUGCAGCCUGCAACGUAGGCAACAUGUCGUGCGCAGAUGCUUCUGCCCGCGCCGCUGCAGCCUUUGACAUCAUGGAUGCAGAUGCAGAUGGCAUCUUGGGAGAGGAGGACAUCGCUCUUGCCCUUCGGCAGUGCGGAGUGGAAGUGGAGGCCAGCACCAUUGCCGAUUUGGCAGCUGGCAAGACCAAAGCUUCCAACGAAAGUACCCCCAUGGAUUCUGAAGCGUUCCAAGCUCUUGUGAAGCAGCACAGUAGGGAGGUGGUGACGUGGAAGAAGGACGUGGUAGCGCAAGCGCUGACGGCAUUUGGAGAUGAUGACUUCGCCGACGGCACUCACAUUGCAGAAGGCCUCCGAAGACUAGGUCUGGAUGCAACAGACAAGGAGGCUUGGGAAAUGAUGAAAGAAUUUGACAAGGAUAGCGAUGGCUUGCUGUCCCGGGAUGAGCUGUUGGAAAUGCUCGGCUGCGUUUAGAGCGCAGGAAGUUUGACAUCUUUCAUCGCUGCUAGUAGCGAUGGCGUCGAUGGUCUUGAUGAUAAAUUCCAAUGCCCUCUGUAUGUGUCUAAUUUCUGGAAAGAACCUCCUGGGAUCUUGCAGAAGUGGAAACUCCUCUGCUCCCCUUCAUAGAUGCAAAUAACUUGUUUUUCUGCAUGGUUCAACUGGAUUCCAGAAUCUGCCCAAGGGACACCACCCAUUAAUUUGAUUUCAUGUGUGCAUUUUAAUUACUUGGCUUGAGCACACCUGCGUUGUACGCAUGUGCAUCCAAGCGCAGCUGACAAAUUAGAGUGUAAAUCACAAGCUUUUUGCCUCACGGGCGUUCACUCGUUGCAUGCAAAAA